AUGUCAGGAGCCAAGCAUCGGGAGACAAAGACCAGCCCGCGAAGAGCCCCGGCGCGGCCCUGCGCCCCUAACAGCCCGAGGAGUUGCGAGCACCGCCCAAGAGCGAGCCCAGGUCCUUCGGGCUCCCCGCCCACCCGGCGCCGCAUCCGCAGCCCCGGCCCACCCCCGAGCCGUUUUCCCUCCCAAUUUGGGAACCGCGCGCCUGGGGACAAAGAGGGAGGGCGCGCCGGGGGCAGCGGGUCGCGACGCCCCUUCGGGCUCGGAGGGAAGCCCUUGGUGGCGUCCUCUCCCUCCCCCCUGCCCCCACCUCACUCUCCGCCGGCCCACCUGCCCCUCUCGGGCCUCCCCACAAGUUCUCCCACACACCCCCUCGGGCCCCGCCCCUGGCCCGCCGCCUCUCCGCCGACCCUGUGGCCGCCCCUCACCUGCCGGCGGGGUCCCUCGGAACCGCCUCCUCCACCGGGCCUCGGCCCGUCCCGCCGGCCGCCGCCUCAUGUGCCCCGCGUCGCCAUCGCCUUCGCCGCCACCGUCAUCUCUCCUCCUCCUCCUCCUCCACCGCCGCCUUCGCUUCAGUCUCCGGCCGCGGCCAAAGCCGCUCCCGCCGCCCAGAGCCACAGGGAGGCGCCUGCGCAGUGCGCGCCGCGGUGGGGGCGGGGGCGUCCCGCCGAGGUCUGGGAGCCGGGGGUGCGCUGCACGUGGAGCUGUGAUACUUUUGAAAUCCUGGACUUCUCCGAUUAG